AUGCCUUCCAUGAUGAAGAUCGCCCUCCCGGCCCUGGCUGCUGCCAGCGGCGCGUACGCUGCCUGCAGUGUCUCCGCCACUACCACCAUCCAGAAUGCCGGUGACGCCAGCGCCAUCGCUUCCUGCUCAACCUUCUCCGGUAACAUCGCCAUUGCGACUGGUACCACCGACGACAUCUCCUUCCCCGGCGUCAAGAAGAUCAAGGGUGACUUGAUUGCCGACACCGCGACCGAGCUUAAGCAGAUCAGUGCCAGCGACCUCGAGGAGCUCGACGGAGAGAUGAUGCUCAACGACUUGACCCGUCUCAACGCCGUCAACUUCCCCAAGCUCAAGGCCAUCGACUCCAUCAAGUGGAACGCCCUGCCCGCUCUUCAGGAGAUUGGCUUCACUGGCGAGGUCACCAAGGCCAACAAGGUCGACAUCCAGAACACCGCUCUCCGCUCCCUCAAGGGUAUCAACAUUGAGGAGGUCGACACUGUCUUCAUCGCAAACAACGGUUACAUAGAUGAGAUCUCCAUGCAGCUCGGCAACGUCUCCACGUCGCUGACUCUCGCCGACAACAACGAGGCCGUCAAGGUCGAGCUGCCCAACCUUAUCUGGGCUAGCAACCUGACCUUCCGUUUCUGCGGUUCCGUCUCAGUUCCCUCCCUCGAGCGCCUGAACGGCUCCCUCGGUCUCUACAACAACGGUUUCGAGUCCUUCUCCGCUCCCAACCUUACUUCCGUCGGCGAGGCUGUUGCCCUUGUCGCCAACGAGAACCUGUCCAACGUCUCUUUCCCAGCGCUCACCAAGAUCUCCGGCAACCUUCAGAUCGCCAACAACUCCAAGCUUAUCGAGAUCGAUGGCUACCCUGUCCUUAAGAGCAUUGGCGGAGCUUUCGACAUGAGCGGUAACUUCACUGACGUUACCACCCCCAAGCUCAACAGCGUCUCCGGUGCCUUCAACCUCCAGUCCACUGACAACGUCACCGAGACCUGCAAGACCUACAAGCCCCUCAAGGACAAGAAGCUCAUCGAGGGUGGCUACAGGUGCGAGGGCAAGCUCAUCGACCCCGCUGGUGAGGGCCACAAGGGUACCAAGCAGGGUGACGGUGACGACAAGACCGGCGCUGCCACCACUCUCAGCGCUGUCAACGGUGCCCUUGGCCUCGCCGCCAUGGCCGCUGUUCUCCUUCUCUAA